UUUUUACUACAACGUAUUUAAAGAAUGCAAUGAUAUAUUACAAUCCAAUCUAAUACGUGUUUGUAUAUAUUUAUAUAUAUUUUUGACUUUUAUAUAUUGAAUGACAUGUAUUUAUUUAUUUAUUUGAGUUUCAUAUCAUGAAAAUGCAUGCAUUCGUCUAAAGUUUUGAUAGAGAGUUGCGCAACUCUCAUUCAGAGACGCUUGAGGUUUCCUCGGAACUUCCUGAAGCAGCUUCUUUCGCUUUUCAUUUCUUUAUAGUUCAUUGAGCUUGGAAAAAAGCAAAUGUUUUUAAUCGCCUGCUCACAGUUUAAAGAAAACAGACGAAGAUAGAGAAACAGAGAAAGGGAGAAUUAAAUAGCCUAACUUUAGUCAUAUGAUCAGGUAUGGCUGCCCUAGAUGCUUCUAGCAAUAUAAAAGAAGCGGAGGAUGCGGCUCAGCUCCUGAGUGAAGCCAUAAACUCCAGGGAUAAAGAAGAAUCGAUGAAAUGUCUGGAGCAGCUGUUGGAUCUGAAGCUCCCCGUGUGCGUCAAAAUAAAACCAGAAGCGUACAUCCAAAACGAUAUAAGGUUGAGGGUUGGAGUGGCUGAUGCCAUGUCAGAUGCCUACAUCCCCAUCACAGUGAUGGUACCUGUUUACAUUACAAUAUCAGAACUGAAGGAAAAGAUCAGUAAUGACUACGGAUUCCACCCGACCCUCCAGCGAUGGGUCAUCGGGAAGCGUCUCGCCCAGGACAAAGAGACCUUGUUUCGAUAUGGGAUCAGAAACGACGACGACUCCGUCUUCCUCUUCAUUAUGGCGGCCAAGGCUGUCAAUCUGAAGCGUGAGCAGGAAAGAAAAGAUAAGGAAGAGAAACUCAUAGAUGAUAUCAUAGAAAACAUUGAAAAUCAAGACCGGCCAGCUCAGCGGCCUCCAGAUGUGCGACCGAAAGCAAAUAUUCCCAAACCUCAGGCCGGCUGGUCCUGUCCAGGGUGCACAUUCGUGAAUAAACCCACCCGUCCAGGAUGUGAGAUGUGUAGCACGGCCAGACCCGACAACUACAAAGUGCCAGACCUGUACCAGCCGGAUGAAGAGGAGACCAGAAGACUUCAGUUUGAGCAACUCGCUAGCCUGCAGUAUGAGCAGUCUAUUCUGGAAGAACGGGAGAAUAAUUUCCGUGACCUCUUGAAUACGGAUGUCCACGGCCUGGUGGAAAACACAGAAGAACUGGAUUGUGCAAUUUGCUUUGACACCAUCUCGCCAGGGGAGGGCGCUGUAUUAAGAGAGUGCUUGCACAGCUUCUGCAGGGAAUGUCUGAAGGGAACUGUACAGAACUGCAGAGACGCUGAAGUCACGUGUCCUUUUGUAGACCAGGAGUAUUCAUGUAACUGCAAACUUCAGGACCGAGAAAUCAAAGCGCUGCUUACCCAGGACGAGUAUCAAAAGAUUUUGGAACUGAGGCUAAGCAUCGCAGAGUCCCGCAGCGAGAACAGCUACCACUGCAAGACGCCCGACUGCCCAGGCUGGUGCAUCUUCGAAGACGACGUGAACGAAUUUCCGUGCGACAUCUGCAACGAGACCAACUGCCUCCUUUGCAAGGCCAUUCAUAAGGGAAUGAAUUGCAAAGAGUAUCAGGACGAUCUUCGCGUAAGAGCGCAGAAUGACGCCGCAGCCCGGCAGACCACCGAGAUGCUUGAGCAACUUUUAACCAGCGGCGAGGCGAUGAACUGUCCCAAAUGUAAGGUGAUCGUCCAGAAGAAAGACGGCUGUGAUUGGAUCUGCUGUCUGAUGUGUAAGACGGAGAUCUGCUGGGUGACCAAACAGGCUCGAUGGGGACCUCAGGGUGCUGGAGAUAUAUCAGGUGGCUGCAGAUGUCGAGUCAAUGGAGUCCUAUGCCAUCCAAAAUGCCAAAAUUGCCACUAAACGCACUUUUACACACCUUCACAUUGGGUUGAUGUGAGACACACAGGUUGUGAAGCUAUAUGCUUCAUUUAUUUAACUCAUUAUAGCACAAGACUCAACUUGUACCAAACACUGAUUACAGAAUUCGGAAGUUAUUGAGCCUUAAUAGGAAGUUAACUAUAGGAAGUGCCUUAUUGUUAGUUUUUCUGCAUUAAAUGUUAUAGGAGUACAGAAGUGUUUACAAAAAGUAUAUCUUAAAUCACUACUAUUUUUUUAUUAUUAAAUCAUACUAUGGGAAUUGUGCAAUGACGGAUAAUCAAACAAGUUUCUGUCAUGUAUCGGCACUGUGAAAUAAAUUGUCAGGGAUACACAAUAGGA